AUGACUGAGUACUACGAAGUCGACAGAAUCAAGAUUGAUGACGCCUCUCUACUAGUUGAUAAGAAAACCAACGACAGGAACCUGCGCCAAAUACGCUUGGAGGUGAGCGCUCAAUCCUGCGACAACACCGCAGUAGCUGCAGGCCGCAGAUCGAGUGACUGGACGCUCAACCAACUGUCAAGCACUGAAUGGUAUUGUCGUCUUGCAUCACUGUGUGACGUCAUCACAGACCUCCGAAGUCACCUUCAGGAUCUCGCUGCCAUUCCUGCCAUGGUAUCCCUCCUCCUCACAUCUGCAAAAAAUUCCCUAGAUGGAUCGACUCUUCGUCUGCAGCAGUCCUGGUCAGGCAGAUGCGACCUCACAAGAUCCGAGAAACAUUCUUAUCACCUUGAUUUAGAGGGCCAAAUUUUAGGGUUGAAGAAUGCUGACCAGAAUCAAUGUGUCAGCAUGACUGUGGACGAGAUGGACGAGAAGAACGGUGAUGGUGGAAACGAGAAGGAGGAGAAGAGGCCCAAUGUAAUUAUUUGCGCUUUCCAUCGAUGGGUUGUAGCCCAGGAUAAGCUGGUGAGCAUUCCCUCUUCAUCGGCCACAGCUUAG